AUGAAAAUUAUAAAUCAGUAUGCAAUUUCAAUUCUUCACAAGUGUUCACGACUUCGCGAGAGCUCACGCGAAUUGCUUAGUACAGCCGGUUUUAGUUGUGAAAACUUUCGAAACGUGCAUAAAACAGUGGGUAAUGCUUUCCUAGCGAAUGCGGGCCCAGCCUGCACGCAUUCCACAGGAAGGCAAGUGCCGGCAUUAAGCAUUUUACGGGAGGCGAACGGCGCGGGUGGCGGGGUCGGCAGCGGCGGGCUGCUGGCCAUGAACGCCACCCAGGUUCAGUGUGAGCCCCACGACUCGGUGGUACUCAUUAAAUAUGAGCACCGAUCGGCGGGCGGCAGUUGGGAGGAGCCGGUGAGCGCGGUGCGAAACACACCGCUGCGUCGCUCACAAAGGCUCAACUCCACGCUGGAUUCCAGAAGCACCGGCCAGUUGCGGAACACAUUGAGCCGCGCGCGGGAGCUGUGCGAGCGCUGGCGCAACGGGCGCGAGGCACCGGCUCCACCUGCGCCGCCGCCGGACGACGAGGGCGGCGGCCGGCUGGCGCGCUGGUUCAGCGUGCGCCGCGGCUCCGCGCACCACUACGACAUGCACACGCACGACACCGACAAGAUGCCCAAAUUGCCCGAGUUGGAGGAGGACAUGUUCUCAUGUGGCGGUGAGGUGCGGGGCGGGAGGGUGCCUCCGCCGUCACUCGGCCCUCCCCCGGAGGCCCUCACUCCUGUGCAGCUGAGGCGGAGGCACGUGGUCGCUGCGAUCAUACACAGCGAAAACUCAUACGUCGCUACGCUUCAAAGGCUUGUCAAUGACUACAAGAAACCUUUAGAGGAGAGCAGUCCGGUGAUCUUAAACGCGAGCAAGAUCCAGACGCUGUUCCACCGGUUGCCCGACAUCCUGCAAUGCCACCUUCACUUCCGCACCGCGCUCGCCGACUGCGCGCGCACGUGGGACCGCGACGAAAAAAUUGGCGAGGUCUUCUUGAAUGCGUUCUCAAAAGCGGUGGUGCUCGACGUGUAUUCGGACUUCAUAAACAACUUCUCAUUAGCGAUGGAACUGGCCAAGAUGGAGUCGAAACGCAAGUCUGCGCUUGCGGAUUUUUUCAAAGUGAAGCAGAUCAGCGCCCAUGACAGACUUUCCUUCUUCGGCCUCAUGGUGAAACCGGUGCAGCGAUUUCCACAAUUCAUCAUGUUUUUGCAGGACCUCUUAAAACACACGCCGCCAGGCCACGCCGACAGAGUGGCGCUACAGCGGGCACUGACGCGGCUGGAGGCUUUAGCUGAGGCAUUGAACGAGAGGAAACGGGACGCCGAAAGGACACAGGCGUUCCGCGCGGCGCUGCGGCGGCUGACGCGCGGCGGCGUGGCGGGCGCGGGCGGCGCGGGCGGCACGGCGCGCUUCGGUGCCGCGCGCCUGCUGGCCUCGCGCGCGGACCGCCGCCACCUGCUGCGCCAGGACGACCUGCUGCAGCUGGAGUUCAACCAAUCGGGCGCGUUGACAAAGUGCAAGCCGCGGAGGCUGCUGCUGCUUAACGACCUGGUGGUGUGCGUGUCGGUGGGCGCCGGCGGGGACGACGCCGAGCGCCUCGGCCUCAAGUGGGCGCACCCCGUGCACGACGUCGAUGUGCUCGACACCGGCACUUCACCUACGCUCAGCCGCGUGCUCGCGCAAGGGAUGAAUCGCAGCGGAAGUUUACGUUCAAAUUCUGGUAUCAACGGGCAUAGCAAUACCUCAACGGGUGAUUCUCUAUGUAAUGAGAUGUCAGCGUUAAUGCAUGACUAUGAAAUGGUGUCGAGGAUGGCCGAUUUAGCAGCUUCCUUGAAAACACCGUACCCCGAGUUGGCACCUGAAAUGUUCAAAGCCCUACUGCAAAAUAUACAAAAGAGUAUACAGAAAAAAGACGACGAGAUGGCGUGGGUGGACUCGUGCUGCCUGCAGCUGACGAUCCGCGGGCGCGAGGAGCCGCUCACGUUCCGCGCGCAGGAGCCUGGCGCGCGGCUCGCGUGGGCCACGGAGCUGCGGCUCGCGCAGCUGGCGCAGGCCGCCGCCAACUCGCCCGCCUGGCGCCUGCCGCACCACGCCGCGCCGCACGCCGCGCCGCUCUACGGCACCGCCGCGCCCGCCUACUGCUCCAAACAGCUCACCGAGGUUAGUGACGUUCCGCGCGCAGGAGCCGGGCGCGCGGCUCGCGUGCGCCACGGAGCUGCGGCUCGCGCAGCUGGCGCAGGCCGCCGCCAACUCGCCCGCCUGGCGCCUGCCGCACCACGCCGCGCCGCACGUCGCGCCGCUCUACGUCAUCGCCACGCCCGCCUACUGCUCCAAACAGCUCACCGAGGUUACUGGCGCAGGCCGCCGCCAACUCGCCCGCCUAGCGCCUGCCGCACCACGCCGCGCCCCACGUCGCGCCGCUCUACGUCACCGCCGCGCCCGCCUACUGCUCCAAACAGCUCACCGAGGUUAGUGACGUUCCGCGCGCAGGAGCCGGGCGCGCGGCUCGCGUGCGCCACGGAGCUGCGGCUCGCGCAGCUGGCGCAGGCCGCCGCCAACUCGCCCGCCUGGCGCCUGCCGCACCACGCCGCGCCGCACGUCGCGCCGCUCUACGUCACCGCCGCGCCCGCCUACUGCUCCAAACAGCUCACCGAGUAUAGAGAGCGUGUUUUCGUGCGGCAGGUGCGGUGCGGGUGCUUCUACCGUAGUGGCGGGCUGGCGCGUGGCGCGCUGUCCCGGCGCGCGCGCUCGCUGCUGUGGGUGUGCGCGGGGGGAGCGGGCGGCGCAGGGGGCGCGGCGGGCGGCGCAGCACACAGCCACGUGGCCGUGCUCGCGCACCGCGCCGCCACGCUCAAGACGUUAGUCACGCUCGAUCUGCCCGACACCAAGGUUAAUUCCAUGGAAUAUGCAAAAGGAGUUCGACAAGUGACCACGCUGUGCGGCGACACAGUGUGGCUCGGCACUGAGGACAAGAAGAUAAUCAUAUUCUCCGGCGUCGAGCCGGAGAAGCAAGAGAAGUUGACAGAAGUGCAGACAGUCGCAGCCGUCAUGCAGAUACGCUACCACUGCGACUCAAUGUUCGUGGGACUCGCUAACGGAAGAGUUUCCGUGUACAGGAGGAUUAACGAUGACUCUUGGGCUUUACAAGAACCUCUCUGUAUAGAACUGGGCGAUAAACCUGUCCAUUGUGUUCUACCAGUUGAUGGUAUAGUUUACGCAACUUGUGGCCGACGCGUGUUCGCCAUAAACGCUCUCACAGCUGAAAUAAUGCGCAUCUUAGAUCUUAAAGGGGAUGGUAACCAUUCCGUAAAGUACUUGGCACACUCUGGAGUUGGUCUUUGGACGGCAUUCUCAGAUUCAACCUAUGUUAGCCUGUACCACGCAGAAACUUUCGAGCAUUUGCAAAAUAUUGACAUAGCCGCAGAUGUCGCUAAGACCAUAGGAGCUAGGGAGGGCAGUAAACCGGCUUACGUGUCCGCUUUACUAGCAAGCCAAGGGCUUUUAUGGGUCGGGACGACUGCAGGUGUUAGUGUGACUGUACCUUUACCAAAAUUAGAAGGACUUCCACUUGUCGGCGGACAUAUCGCUGUAUCAUAUCACGCGCACGCAGGUCCCGUCACGUUCUUGCUGUCUCUGCUCCCAGAAAACAGAGAAGUAGACGUUAAUGUAGUAAGACGGAACCUUUCCAACGUCCGCGCUCUAGCUGACAAUAACGCGCUGCAGGAGUUUAAAGAGGAGGAAACAAAAGAUGAUCUCGACAAACCAAAGCUUGAACGGAGGAUAUCAGAAGAGUCGAGCCCGUACCGACCACAACGUGUCCAGUCAGCGAUAGUGCGACGCAAAAAGCCGGGAGAUGUGCGUUUAAGUAAAACAUUGCCGAAAUGUGCGAAUUUGAACGCGUGUGACGUUUAUGGCUUAUUCGGUGAUCUCAUGUUCGUGAAGGACUGUGUUGGAGAGGCUGAUGUGAACGGAUCCGGGGGUGAAGCAUUGCGAAGAAGCGAUCCAGAGUUAGCGGCUAUACCAUUCCGCGUCAGUACUUUGGAUCGACGACUGAGAAUGAGAGCAGGAAGGCCGAGGAGUUUGGACCUUUCAAGUUGGUCCGUGGAUUCGAGAGCUUCUAGCUUGUGUACAUCAUCAGGCAGCGAGGAGUCCAUGGCACUUCGUGGGAUAUCCCGUACUAGUUCCGGUGCUUCUGGGGCAGCCAAUCUCGCCCCUCUUGCCGUUUCAACACCGGAUUCGUCUUCAGGCAAAUCCUCAGCUUCAGAGCGUUCUAUAUCCAGAAGCGAUUCCGCCACAGCUGUGGAAGUAAGAGCCAGUAGUAAGAAUGCUGCUAGAAGUCUCCGUGCUACUGAUUACAUCGUUGGAGAGAGUGCAGCGAGACGCUCCGUUGUGACUGUAAUGGGUGGACGAGGGUAUGUAGACUGGAGGCAGACGGCAGAUGCCUCAGAAAGGCCAGUCCCUGCUGCUGAUCCUAACCCUAAAGACGCACAUUUGAUCUUAUGGGAAAUGCGUUUGUGA